AUGAGCAACAGAAGGAGGAGCAACGGAGACGAUGACAAGGGAUUGCUCUGGAAACUUCCUCAGGUUAGGAUCAAAGACGUCGGCAAAGUUGGUCCCGCCUUCGGACUCGGUUUCGGUUGCGGAUUCGGUUUCGGCGCCGGUCUUAUCGGAGGUGUAGGAUUCGGACCAGGUGUUCCUGGCCUACAGUUUGGUCUAGGGUUUGGAGCUGGUUGUGGAAUCGGUGUAGGGUUUGGGUAUGGCGUCGGAAGAGGCGCCGCUUAUGAUCACGCUCGCUCUUAUUACAACGUCGGCAAGCCAUCUCUAGAUGAAGUUGAUUCUCUUAUUGAUGAACUCGUUGUCCACACCAAGAAACUUGUGAAAGCUACUUCCAAAGAAAUCGACAAGUGGAGAAGAACUUAGCCUUAUUAGCUUAGCCAAACUUAUCAGCAGCUCCUUUCAAGUUAAUGUUAGUGUUGCAUUGUUCUUGUAUACUGAAUGUGAUUGUACAAUCUACUUAUGGUGUAAAAAUGGGAUUCCCUUAGUAGUUUACCUUCAAUCCGGUGAUUUAUAGUUUGAGUUCCAAGUCUUGGUGCUACGAAUUGUUUAAUUGCUCGGCUUAACUCUCGAAACCCAAUUGAAUAAACCAUAUUGUAGGGCAGGCCAUCGUUGUUG